AUGCACAGUAACGAACCGCCGCCCGCGACGGGAACGGGGUUGCUGCUACAGCUUGGGCGCUUGGUUGUGCGCUCGCGCAGCACAAGCCCUUCGCCGCGACGGCACCCCGUGCACCCAUCCACUAGUGGUCAUCAGGUUAUGGUAAACACCCAACCCAAGUCAGAUUCGGACGAACCCAAACCGGGAGUCGAAGCCCAACUUAACAGCCAUGUGCAUGCGCUAUGGAACGAACAGAUACCAAUUUGCAUUGAGGUCCUACUCGCUCCGGAUUGUCAAGAAUGCUACGCGUCCCUCAUCAGAAUGGAGGAGGAAGCGAGGUACGACAAACUACACACACAGCAGAAGGCCUUGCUUCUUGAGAGAUGGACUAUGCGUACUAUUACCAACAAAAACCACGAUACGUCGACGCCGUCGGCGGCCAUCACUGCACACUGGCUCCUUAACGCUGUCCGCUCCCAACUGCACUUCUCGCAGCUCUCCGCUUGGAAAGCGACCAUCAACAGAUCUGAAUGGGACAAACCUGCUGAGAGAAGGCGAAAGCUAAGCCGAGAAACAUGCAACUUCAAAAAAAUAGAAGCGAACUGUGACGAAACAGAUCUAGAGGAACGCAAGCUCAACAUUGUCUACUCCAUUAAAAUACCAGGAGAGAGUUACAAAAUGGCCGACUUCUCGCGAACUCCCACUGACCAUAAAUUUCCCAUAACUGACAUCGGUAACAAUGUUUAUCUGAAACUAGUCCUUGAAAGUCUGCCUCGCUUAGACGAAGUGCCAGUAGUCAAAUGUACCUGUCCAAAACGACGAGCCAGUAAAGAAAUGGCGAUGAAUGUACACGACGAAAUUGUUGGUAAAUUACAUGAUCUCACCCUAGGCCCGCGCAACCCCAACUCAAAUAUAGGCACCAGUAGGCGACUCUCAAUCAUGAUGAACUCAGGCUUAGAGUACGAGUAUUGUUUGGACAAAGAUAAAAAAAUUGUUGACGAUCGUAUGCUAACACCCUGUAGCGAGAGCGGUAAACACAAAUGCAAUUGCGACGAAGAGUCCGACGAUAAAAACCAUAAAAACCUUGAAAGCAAGAAGUUAGACGAACGCCGGUUAAAGGAAAUAGCUAAAUAUAAAAGACGAAUGCGGAAAGAGAGUAAAUUAAAAAAGCUAUGUGAUAGCACUUCGUCGGAAGGCGACGGUUUGAAAGCAAAAGAACCGCAUACGUCCAUACCGAUUUUACAAGCGGCGAGAUUCGACAGAUUGAGAGCUAUAGGAUGUUUUAGAAACCAAACGUAUUUAACUUUGCCCGCCACGAGAAUAGAAAGUCGGUCGCCAUUCGUCGAAACUAUGAGCAUACCACCCCCAGAAUUCCGACGAACCAACACUGUUGCGACACAAACCGACGAUCUGUGCCAAUGCGGAAAUUCCCUACAAGUUGUAUGUACAGGAUGCUCUAGAAUGGUACGCUCUGAAGCAAACUACAAUUUGGCAUCAAUGGACAAUGGCGCGAGAAGGAAAAGAGAGGAAGACGAUACAAUAUUAAAAAAGCAUAAUUGUGAUAAUAGAAGUAAUUCACCGUGUGAUAUAAAUUUAGAUUCUAGUAAUAAGUGCGAUAUUAUCAAACGGCCCAAACUGAGACGUUUCCCGAUAGUUGACAGGAUAGAGAGGGUGAUCAGUGAUAGAUAUGCGCAAAAUAACGAUAUAAAAGAGCUGAAUUUACGUGACGAUGACACCGUCUUUUCUGGACCAAAAUCCGAACCGGUUCAAAAAAGGCAGAAGACGUUUUCUAUCAACGAAGACUAUAUUUUGUAUGAGAAGUGCGAUUAUGGUACCAUAGAUAAAUGUGACGUGGAAUCGCCGGUAGAUGAGCAGAAUGGCUUUAAAUUUCCUGAUCCUAAGAAAGGGCACGAAAACCAAGUUCCGUCCCCAAGUGAGAUGGAUAGGUUUAGGUGGCGGUUCGAUUCGGCCGCGUCUAUGGUAUUUCAUAAUAAGACGGGACUUCCCCUAACCUCGAGCCCUGCGCCGUUGCGUCGGGGUAAUAAUUGUUUUGAUUUCGACGAUUCCAUUAAUGGAGUUUCUGGGAUUAAAAGUGCGUUGUUCCACCCGAUCUCCCCGCCGUCCCCAGCGCCUGCGUCGCCCGCGUCGCCUGCGCCGCCAACUCCCCACGUGCCCCCGCGCCGCGCGCCUCGUCACAAGCUGCGUAUGGGACCCAGCACUGGCUUACUGGGAAGUUUCGAGGAGUCAGCCCUCAAGGGUCGCCUGGAGCCGGUGGCCACUGUGCACGGGUUCAGCGCGGAACUGGGUGCAUCGGGUGCCUUCUGUCCGCCGCAUCGUCGCCUGCCAGUCACUGCCUUCUUCUACGCGCCGGGAGGGACUAACGCGCCUUAUAUGGGCCACAUAAACCUAGGCCCCGGUGGGUACCGAGUGGCCUCAUCAGGCACCAUCCAGGUGUCGCUGUUCAACCCUCACGGUACUCUGGUCAAGAUGUUCGUGGUGCUGUACGAUCUGCGCGCGAUGCCGCCUCUGGCGCGUACUUUCUUGCGCCAGCGCACGCUCUACAUGCCGGCCGGCGCCGACCCGCCAGCGCCCGAUCGUGUCCACAAAUGGUUGAGAUAUCUCAUUCAUUUGAGAUUUAUGACAUCAAAAUCAGGCAAAUUGUACCUACAUACUGAUAUUCGCAUCCUCGUGUCUCGCAAAGCCGAUUUAGACACGGCGACCGCACAUUCCGCCUUAUUCAAACCUUUGUCCAAUAACGAUGCCUUACCAUCCUCGUCGAAAGCAAAGGAGAAACCAGAGAAACCAGAAAACGCAAACCGAGAACCCAACCGGGUUUUCGGCGGUUGCAGCGACUUUGACAACCGCGAAAUUGGUUACGAAAACCAAAAUGGCGUCUCGUACGAGCUAAGGAGUUUCACAUACGCGCCAGAGAACCCUAAAUAUUCGCCUCGU